GCAAAAAUAGCCAGAAACGAAGAUGGCAAGACUGUUACUACUUCUCCUCCCAGGCCUUGUGGCUCUAUGUUCCGUGCAUGGAAUAUUUAUGGACAGACUUGCUUCCAAGAAGCUCUGUGCAGACGACGAGUGUGUGUAUACUAUUUCUCUGGCCAGAGCUCAAGAAGAUUACAAUGCCCCGGACUGUAGAUUCAUUAACGUUAAAAAGGGGCAGCAGAUCUAUGUUUACUCAAAGCUGGUAAAAGAAAAUGAAGCUGGAGAAUUUUGGGCUGGCAGUGUGUAUGGAGAUCGCCAUGAGGAUGAGAUGGGAACCGUGGGUUAUUUCCCCAGCAGUUUGGUCGAGGAGCAACACGUGUACCAGGAAGCCACCAAAGAAGUCCCCACUGUGGAUAUUGACUUCUACUGCGAGUAA